AUGGCCAGGAGACCCAGAACUGACAGUGGCAGCGCGCCUUCCAGCUCUAUGACCGGCCAGGUCACGCCUCGACGACGUGCGACUUUACGAGACCUCCAAUCGUCGACAGUGGACGGGAUCGAACCCCGUCCAAAGGAAAUCAACGCUGCGCCUUCGCUCGAAAAGGCACAAAUGUAUGGGAUAGACAAUGAGAGGCCUACGUCUUCCAAAAUCAUGGCAUUGAUUGGACGGAUAUUCAUCGAGACUAUACCGCAAUGGCUGGCUGUUGGGGUUAUGCUCGGGCUCAUCUUUGGCGGCUGCUGUUCAAAUGUUUUCGCGUUGGAAGCAAUUAUCAAACCGAAUCCAGAUAGUGGCACCCUACUCACCUUUGUCCAAUUUAUCUUCAUCGCAUCGAUCGGCUACACCUCGCAGUUCGAUAUCAAACGUCCGCCCCUUUUUCUCAAGCCGAACCGCGUCCCGAUCAAGCGCUGGCUUGUAAACAUUGCCCUAUUCUUCACAAUUAAUGUUCUGAACAAUCAUGCAUUCAGCUACAACAUAUCUGUGCCCAUACAUAUCAUAUUACGCUCUGGAGGGAGCAUAACUACAAUUGGCGUAGGAUAUCUGUUUGGAAAGCGCUUUUCCCGCAUACAAAUUGUGUCCGUACUACUUCUCACUGUUGGUGUUAUCAUUGCCGCAUGGUCAGAUGUUCAAUCCAAGGAGAAGACCACAGACACGAAGCAAGGGCUGCCACCAUUCAGCGUCGGCCUCAUUAUUCUGUUCAUCGCACAAGUCCUAUCGGCCAUUAUGGGGCUCUACACCGAAGAAACAUACCGAGAGUAUGGCCCCCAGUGGAAAGAAAACCUCUUUUACUCACACUUCAUCUCACUACCACUAUUCAUUCCGUUCUUCCCAUCGAUGAUGAGGCAGUUUCUACGAUUGGCCGCCUCCGAGCCAUUGACCAUGCCUUGGUCCGAACCAGCUGCCCUCGGGGGGUUAUCGCAAGGCUUCAAAGCUGGCGUAUCCGGGAUUUACAUUCCAAGUCAGCUUGCAUACCUGGUCGUCAACGUGCUGACCCAGUACGCUUGCAUCCGUGGAGUCAAUCUUCUUGCCUCUGCAUCCUCUGCGUUGACAGUGACCAUCGUCCUAAACGUGCGGAAGCUAGUCAGUUUGCUGCUCAGCAUUUGGUUGUUUGGCAAUAGAUUGUCAUUCGGGACGCUCAUUGGAGCCACGAUUGUUUUCAGUGCGGGGGGAAUGUACUCAUUAGACAAAGGGCCAAGGGGAAGGCUUAGACCUGUCACUGCCAGUGUCAGCAUCAAUGGCAAGGCGGGAUAA